CAUAAAUGCGCUCUACUGGUUACAGGUAUGACGUCAGUCCCCUGGGAAGCAGAUUUGGGUUUAGCCAAUCACACCACAGAGAGCAUACAAGGACAUGGGGCUAACUUGUCCACUACAUUGUUCCAGGGCUAUACCAACUUCAGCACCACUUUUCUGUGGUUAGUUCCAUCUGAGAACGGGUCGUGGGGAACUGUGAGGCCCCCUCUGCAACCUGUGGCUCCUCCACGGGUUCGGGACCAGGCUCUGGCUCAAGUGGAGAUUGGAGUUCUAGGGUUGGUGCUGGCCCUGACUGCCUUGGGAAAUGGGUUUGUGCUGUGCAUUCUCCUUCGUAGAAGGAAACACAAUGCCCCCAUGCACCUGUUCAUGGUUAACCUGUGUGUUGCUGACCUGGUUGUGGCUUUCUUUCAGGUACUGCCUCAGUUGUUAUGGGACAUCACAGAGCAUUUCCAGGGCCCAGAUAUCCUCUGUCGCUCUGUCAAGUAUCUGCAGAUCGUUGGCAUGUUUGCAUCCUCCUACAUGAUAGUUGCGAUGACGGUGGAUCGGCACUAUGCCAUCUGCUGCCCCCUGCAGGCGUACCGUGGUGGUGCACCAUCGCGAUGGAACACCCCGAUCAUGGUGGCAUGGGGGCUGGCGCUAGUGCUCAGUUUACCCCAGAUUUUUAUUUUCUCACGAUCGGAGGUGGCACCUGGUGUAUUUGAGUGUUGGGGGCAUUUCGCUGAGCCGUGGGGACUUAAAGCCUACGUCACAUGGAUGACUGUAGCAGUGUUCAUUUUACCAGCUCUCAUCAUUACUGUCUGUCAGAUCCGCAUCUUCAGAGAGAUACACGACAACAUCUACCUGAAGUCUGAGAGGGUUGUGACCGCUGAGUUUAAAAGAAACUCUGUCCUCUUCCACUUCCAACAGAGGGAGGGGCAUCGGGGUAGGGGUUGUGUGGGAGGGGGAGGAGCUCGAGACAGAGAUGGGAGGAGCAGUCACCAUUUCCAGACUGAGGGCAGCUGCCACACCCGGCCUCGCCGCAGCCCUUUGCAACCCUCUCCGUCUCCCACCGUUCCCCACAGCAACCUCUCCACUGCCCCACCCACUUGUAGCUUCACCUCUGAGUCCAGUGCUCCAUCUCUUUCAGCAGCUGAUGAUCCAGCCUCCACCCUCACACUUCAUAGACAUAACCCUGUCCCCGAGCAGAGCCUCACCACACUCGCUGACCCCUCCCACACAUUACCGUCCAAUAGCAACUGUGCUCAGUCCAGAGCUUCAUCUCUGAUCAGAAACUCAGAUUCUGGUGGUCCUCCUGAGCUUUGGCCAGAUGUACUCCCAGAUGCAGCAACUUUUACCCUCCCACCUUUGGCACCACCCCCUCCCAUGGGUGUGUCCAAGGCCAUGUCCAAGACUGUGAGGAUGACUCUGGUCAUUGUGCUGGUUUACACAGUCUGCUGGUCUCCAUUCUUCAUCGUACAGUUGUGGGCAGCUUGGGACCCAAAUCCACCAGACCAAGGAGUUGCCUUCACUAUCCUGAUGUUGUUGGCCAGCCUCAACUCCUGUACUAAUCCUUGGAUCUACACAGCAUUCUCUAGCAGCGUGUCCCGGGAGUUCCUGGCCCUGCUACGAUGCCACGCACACCCGCCCAGGCGAGGAUCUCUGCCAGAUGACUCCACCACCACACACACAUCAACUACUACUAAGGACAGCAUAUACUGACACUAACACACACACACUAUUC